AUGGCUUCUCGCACUGCCUCAUCAGUCACUCUUUCGUUCCAUGCCGACGAAUACAAAGAUGAUGCACAAAUCAUCUCAGACAACGACGAACCCAACAUCGUCUCCCUACCCGAUGAUUACACGCGCGCCGUAACGGAAGAUUACCUCUCACCCUCCAUGAAAGCAGCUUCAAACCCUGACCACAACAUCCUAAAAGCUGUCCUAUCGCAUGGCUACUUCCUCAGCGAACAACGACGCUGCGACGAAGAAACCCGCGACCCGAAAAUCCUAGACUUCUCAUCAGAAUUCAGCCACGGGGCCAUCCGCUCAAGAGGUCGCAGCAUCGUAGGCAUAACAACACCGCUCAUGGAAGCCAUCCGCGCCCACCUCCCAGCAAAUGUCAAGAUCCUGCUCGAAGCCGGCGCGAAUCCCAACGGUGUGCCGCAUUGCAUCAUGGAGGAUUACGCGGCGCUGUUCUUGCGCUUUAGGCCUAGCAUCAAUGGCCUUAUCGACGGCAGUCCCGAUGUAGCGCGUAGGUCUGUUUUCUUGGAAAACAUGAACGUGCCGCAAAUUUCUAACCUCACGUGCGAGGAGGUUGAAGACCGCCAGGGUGGUGCCAUGGCGCCGUUUUGGUGCGAGGAGGGCUUUACGCAGGCUUGUUUCUGGACACAUGGUGAGACGAUGCCGUCACUUGUGCUGGCGGCGAAAAGUGGCGAGACUGAGAUUGUGGACUUGUUGCUGCAUGCUGGCGCUGAUGCGAUAUUUUGGAAAAGUCCGCAGUUUUAUGUACCGGAGACGGCGAGCGAGAGUUCGUUGAGUGUGAGUAGUCCGCUGCAUGCUGCGAUUGAAGCGGGUAAUGUGGAGAUGGUGGAAUUUCUGCUAAAGAGGGGGUUUGAGCCUAAUACGAUGCCGUUGGCGAAUCCGACUAGGUGUGUUACCCCUUUGAUGGCGACAAUUGUUCACUGCAGCAGUUUCAACAAGGAGGCCUUUGAUAUCCUAUGCCGAGCGCCGAGUAUCAAUUUCGAGCUCCGGACGCCGGUGUAUGGUGUUCAUAUCUUGCAUUUCGCUGUUGCGAGGCUGGAUUUCGAACUCCUGAAGCACGUUGCGGGUAAGACGCCGCUCGGAAAUGCCGGCGAGACUGCCUUGGGCCAUACGUUAUUGCACGUUGCCUGCAUGUGUGCUAAUGUUGCACAAAUUCAGAGACAUUCGGGUAUCAUAUAUAAGAGCAUUCACGAGACAAGAGAUCUAAGGCCAUUUAACGACACCAACCCUGAGUCUUUCAGUCAUGAUUGUGGGUAUUUCUCUGCUCAGACGGAAAUGGUAAAGUAUCUGUGGAACAACGGUGUACGGGACUUUUCGAAGCGCGAUGUUCAUGGAAACACAGCUCUUCAUUAUCUCGCUGGCUGUCGCGCUCUCAACGAGGAGCUUUUUGCUUGGUUGCUCUCCGAGAGAGGGUCGGAAACGCUAUGUGUGUGGCAGGAAGCUCAAAAUAUCCAUGGCGCUACUCCUAAGAUAUUGGAGAUGGCUAGUAAGGCAAGGGCUCAUAGAAAGGCGGAGACUUGGAGAGAGGUUCUUGAAAUGCCUCCGGAGACUCCACACGGCAACGCCUUCGCGAUGUCUCGACCAACAGCAGAUGACCAUCCAGCAACAAACGCUUCUGCAAAUCCUCCACCAGCUCUCACACAGAUGGCGAACUUGUCCCUCUCAUCGGAUUCAGCUCCAGACCAGCGAACGCUUCUCACCAUCCCGCCCGAAAUCCGUGACAAUAUAGUCAUGGAAGUGCUUCUCAACCCGGCACGCCCCAAUUUCGAAGCCGUCAACACCCCCACAGAGACUACGUUUAAGAACUACUUCUCCAUAGGCUUUGUCAAUAAGCAACUCUAUGCCACAGCUAAGGAUGUCGUCGCAAUAUCAAAGGGACUGGUGAUUAUCUCGAUGAACUGGGAUGGCUUGACGAAAGACAUCGAGACUGCCGGUAUCCCAAUAGUGACCGACCACCAUAUCCGAACGGUCACAUUCCAUUCUAUGAGAAUCCAUGUCAAUUUUCCGACCCUCAGCAAAAAAGUUGUCAAGUCCAUACUGGUUCUUGCCUCUGAUCUCCCUGAUAUCAGCCGUGUCUUGCGCGCCUUGAGUCUUGAUGCACUUCACCCACAAACUCAUGCCCACGGCGAGUUCCCUAGAAUUAGCAUGCAGAUUCAAUUUAACGAAGAAGUCACAACGACCAAGCAAGACCAGAUUCGGCUCCUCCGAUCUCUCAAGUACGCAAAUUCGAUCGGUUCCAUCAAAAUCUUGAAGUCGGACGAUCCCUCCUUACAAGUAAUUCUCCCCGGCUAUAAAGGCUUUCAAUAUGUGCCCGGCAUGCAAUUAUCUGGUUACAUAGAUGACUGUGAGAAAUGCCAAUGGUUCCUAGCAAUUCGCAAAAUCGACGGAGAUGACUACAUAUCCCUCUCCGACUGGAAGCUCGUCCACGCAGGCCGAGCCGUUGCAGCCAAGAACUACGAGUUAGCAAUGCUACGAUAUACAGAGAUCGUGACUUUUAUCGGGCUCUGCCAAUUGAAAAACCCAACCGUUCUAUUACCAAUCUUCGACUACGACACUCUAUUGGAUAUCCGAAGCUUUCGAGCAGGUAUCGGACUGGUUGAAAACUCGAUUUUGCUGAAGAAAUGGAAGGAUGCUAGGCACCAUAUCGUUCAUGUGUUGCAGGAUAUUGAUCACCGCGAGUGGAUCCCGAAGGAGGAGAAACGACAUGCCGAGAACCUUCUGUUCAAGGUUGACGAGUACUAUUGCCGCAAAAAGGUGGCCCGGAAGUCUGCAAAGACAGUUCAGGUUUCUGGGCCAACUAGACAGGGAGGUAGAACAGUAGUAGAAAGUGACGUGCUAGGACAACAUGGAGGAUACACCCCUUUCUCUUAG